AUGGUGGCUAAUCUGUUCAAGAGCUUAAUUUUACCGUACAUAUACAAGCUUUGCAAAGGAAUGUUCACAAAGAAACUGGGAAAUACAACCAAAAAAAAGCAGAACCGUCAGCAGAAAAAAGAGCAAGCUUUUCCUACCGCUGGCCAGACCCAAACGCCCACAUUUUCUAAUACUUUGAAGAGCACCGUGAAGAGGCUUGCGAAGCGCUCCGCCGCCCGCAGCCCGCCCGCGCAGGGCGCCGAGGGGAGCCAGGACUUCGCCCUGUCCCCGACGCUCAGUUACCGCGCGGCGAUCGCCAACGGGCUGCGGAGGGGCGUCCGCGCGGCCGCCACCGACCAUGCGGGUCUGCCCGCGGAGCUCUCCUCCGCAGAGAGCUCUUACGCGGAAUCUCUGAGCGAGCUGCGGCGCAGCGCCGAGGAGCCCGUGCACCCCGCGCACCCCGCGCACCCCGCGCACCCCGCGCACCCCGCGUGCGCCAUGCCCGUGGGCCGGAGCAGGAAGAGCUCCAGCAGCCUGGCGCCCUCCGAGGGCAGCUCCGACGGCGAGCGCACGCUGCACGGCCUGAAGCUGGGCGCUCUGAGGAAGCUCCGCAAGUGGAAGAAGAGCCAGGACUGUGUCUCCUCAGACCCCGAGCUGAGCACCGUGAAGAGAGCCUGGGGGAUAAGGAGCAAGUCUCUGGACAGGACGGCCCGCCGCCCCGAGACGCCGGCCCUGGAGCCCGGCUUCAGCUCCUCGGGCUGCCUGCGACACACGCACGAUGUCAUGGAGAUGAUCUUCAAGGAGCUGCAGGGCAUCAGCCAGAUCGAGACGGAGCUGUCGGAGCUGCGCGGCCACGUGGACGCCCUGCGGCUCUCCAUCGACGAGAUCUCCAGCAGUGUGGAGGUGGUGCAGAGCGAGAUCGAGCAGCUGCGGACGGGCUUCGUGCAGUCCCGGAGGGAGACCAGGGACAUCCACGACUACAUCCGGUGCCUGGGCCACGCGGGCAGCAAGGCCAGCCUGAGGUUCUUAAACGUGCCCGAGGAGCGGCUGGAGCACGUCGACAGCCUGGUGUACCAGAUUCUAACGGACAAAAUGGGCUUCUCAGAUGCAUUCAGCACCGUCAAAAUCGAGUUUGCUCAGAGAGUGGGGCACCAAAGGGACUGUCCCAAUGCCAAGCCUCGGCCCAUACUCGUGUACUUUGAAACCCCUCAGCAGAGGGAUUCUGUCUUAAAAAAAUCUUACAAACUCAAAGGAACGGGCAUCGGCAUCUCAACAGAUAUUCUGACUUACGAUAUCAGAGAGAGGAAAGAGAAAGGCAUCCCGACCUCUCAGACCUACGAAAGCAUGGACAUGCAGCUGUCUAUUCCUGAGCCCAAAGUGUGGAGGAACAGCUGGCGUGCACCUGGUGACAGCGACACGGAGCUGGAAUCUGGGCUUGCUGGGGACGGCCGUGCUGCGCCUCGCAGGCCGGAGCCCACAGCCAAGGGGAGUGCUUCCAAGCCGAGUUCGAAAUCACACAGUGCUCGAUCCAAGAAUAAAACUGUGAAUGGCAGCAGAAUUUCAAACAAACCAGACCCCGAGCGAAGCUCUUCACAGUUGCCAGAAUCAAAUAACUUGGAAAAGCACACCGCAGCCCCGCAUGCAGGUGCCACGCCCCUCUGGCAUUCGCAGAGUGAUUUUUUCACUGCUAAACUCAGUCGCUCUGAGUCAGAUUUUUCCAAAUUAUGUCAGUCUUACUCAGAAGAUUUUUCAGAAAACCAGACUUUUGCUAGAACUAACGGGAGUUCCCUCCUGUCCUCCUCAGACAGGGAGCUGUGGCAGAGGAAACAAGACGGCGUGCUGGCAGGGUGCACGGGCCCUCAGGACCAGCACCUGGGUGGGAGUCCCCCGGGGGUGCAGGCCCUCGGGGAGCUUCAGAACGCAGACACUGUGGACAGUGGUAUGAGCAACAGUGUGGUGUGUGCCUCUGUGGACCGGAGCCAUUACAGUGACUCGCAGCUCUCUCUCCAGGAGGACCUCUCUCCCUGGAAGGAAUGGGAUCAAGCAGAACAAGGAACUGAUUUAGGCCUGGAUUCGUCCACCCGGGAUGCUUUUGACUACGACACAAACAGCCUGUCUGAACAGCAGAUGGACGUCUUUGGUAAAGACCUAGAUGACCUCGGAAAGUGCCACAGCGACCUCCAAGAUGACUCUGAGAGCUUUGAUUUAACCCAAGAUGACAAUUCAUCCCCAUGCCCUGGGCUGGAUAAUGAGCCCCAAGGUCAGUGGGCUGGCCAGUGUGAUUCUUACCAGGAAGCUAAUUCCAACGAGCUGUACCAGAACCAGAGCCAGUUGUCCAUGAUGUACCGAAGUCAGAGGGAAUUGCAAAGUGAUGAUUCCGAGGAUGCCCCACCCAAGCCUUGGCACAGCCGAUUAAGCAUUGAUCUUUCUGACAAGACUUUCAGCUUCCCCAAAUUUGGGUCUACGCUGCAGAGGGCAAAAUCAGCCUUGGAAGUUGUGUGGAACAAAAGCACACAGAGUCUCAGUGGGUGCGACGACAGUGGCUCCUCCCUCACGGGGAGAUUCCGGACACUGUCCCAAUCCACCGCAAAUGAGUCCAGCACCACCCUUGACUCAGAGAUCUACACUGAGUCCUAUUACUACAAAGCGGAUGAGGAGGAGGAGGAGGAGGAGGAGGAGGAGGAGGGCUACAGCGAGCCCAUGGUGGAUGACGAAACCGAUUAUGUGGAAGUGAUGGAACAAGUCCUUGCCAAGCUGGAAAACAGGACUAGUGUGACCGAAAUGGAUGAACCCAUGCAGGAGUAUGAGCCCCCUUUGUAUGAGACGCCGUAUGAAACCCCACAGGACGAGGGUUCCGAGGGGCAGGGAGAAGAGGUGGCUGGGGAAGGGGAGCUAGAACCUGAAACUGAGCCAGCAGCUGAGAUGCAAAUGCUGGAAGAUGAAAACCAAAACGUCCCUGAACUGCCAGUGGAAGCCACAAAGCCGAAGAGAGUCCGUCCCUCUUUCAAAGAAGCGGUGCUGCGGGCCUAUAAGAAGCAGAUGGCAGAACUGGAAGCGAAGGCCCUGGCCGGAGAUAGCAGUGCUGCGGAUGAAAAGGCUCGAAUAGUAAGUGGCAGUGGGUCGAAGGCACCCGGACUCUCUGCGCUCCAGGCUUUCGGGGGGGCCGGCUGGGGCCUGUACGGAAUCGACAGCAUGCCCGACCUCCGCAGGAAGAAAACACUGCCGAUUGUUCGCGAUGUGGCCAUGACCCUGGCUGCACGGAAGUCCGGCCUCUCCCUGGCUAUGGUCAUUAGGACGUCGCUAAACAACGAGGAGCUGAAGAUGCAUGUCUUCAAGAAGACCCUGCAGGCGCUGAUCUACCCCAUGUCCUACACCACACCACAUACCUUCGAGGUGUGGACGGCCACCACGCCCACCUACUGCUACGAGUGUGAGGGGCUGCUGUGGGGCAUCGCGCGCCAGGGCAUGCGCUGCUCCGAGUGUGGCGUCAAGUGCCACGAGAAGUGCCAGGACCUGCUCAACGCCGACUGCCUGCAGCGAGCUGCUGAAAAGAGCUCGAAGCACGGCGCUGAGGACAAGACGCAGACCAUCAUCACAGCCAUGAAGGAGAGAAUGAAGAUCAGGGAGAAAAACAGGCCCGAGGUGUUUGAAGUCAUUCAGGAAAUGUUUCAGAUUCCUAAAGAAGACUUCGUGCAGUACACAAAGGCAGCCAAGCAGAGUGUGUUGGACGGGACGUCUAAGUGGUCUGCAAAAAUAACCAUUACAGUGGUGUCUGCCCAAGGCUUGCAAGCAAAGGACAAGACAGGGUCGAGCGACCCCUACGUGACAGUCCAGGUUGGGAAAAACAAGAGGAGAACUAGAACCAUCUUCGGAAACCUGAAUCCAGUGUGGGACGAGAAGUUUUACUUUGAGUGUCAUAACUCCACAGACCGGAUCAAGGUCCGAGUGUGGGAUGAAGAUGACGACAUCAAGUCCCGGGUGAAGCAGCACUUCAAGAAGGAGUCCGACGAUUUCCUGGGACAGACGAUCGUGGAAGUGAGGACCCUGAGUGGGGAGAUGGACGUCUGGUACAACCUCGAGAAACGGACGGAUAAAUCAGCUGUGUCUGGGGCCAUUCGGUUAAAAAUCAAUGUGGAAAUAAAAGGAGAGGAGAAGGUCGCUCCAUACCAUGUGCAGUACACAUGCCUACACGAGAAUCUCUUCCAUUACCUGACGGAAGUGAGGUCUCAUGGCAGCGUGCAAAUCCCAGAGGUCAAAGGAGAUGAAGCCUGGAAGGUCUUCUUUGAUGAUGCAUCCCAGGAAAUAGUCGAUGAGUUCGCCACGCGGUACGGGGUCGAGUCCAUUUAUCAGGCCAUGACGCACUUUUCAUGCCUGUCUUCCAAGUACACAUGUGCGGGCGUCCCCGCCGUCAUGAGCACCUUGCUGGCCAACAUCAACGCCUUCUACGCACAUGCGGCUGUGUCCACCAAUGUGCAAGUGUCCGCCUCUGAUCGCUUUGCCGCCACCAACUUUGGCAGGGAAAAAUUCAUAAAGCUGCUGGACCAGUUGCACAACUCUCUAAGGAUUGACCUGUCGAAGUACCGGGAAAACUUUCCUGCCAGCAACAGCGAGAGGCUGCAGGACCUCAAGUCCACGGUGGACCUGCUCACGAGCAUCGCUUUCUUCAGGAUGAAGGUCCUGGAGCUGCAGAGCCCGCCGCGGGCCAGCGUGGUGGUGAAGGACUGCGUCCGCGCCUGCCUGGACGCCACCUACAAGUACAUCUUCGACAACUGCCACGAACUCUACCUCCAGCUCACAGACCCGAGCAGGAAGCAGGAUGCACCUCGGGAUGACCAGGGCCCGAACACCAAGAGCCUGGACUUCUGGCCGCAGCUGAUCACGCUGAUGGUGACGAUCAUCGACGAGGACAAGACGGCCUACACGCCUGUGCUGAACCAGUUUCCUCAGGAGCUCAACAUGGGGAAGAUAAGCGCUGAGAUCAUGUGGACUCUCUUUGCGCUCGAUAUGAAGUACGCGCUGGAAGAACACGAGAAGCAGCGGUUGUGCAAGAGCACCGACUAUAUGAAUUUGCACUUCAAAGUGAAAUGGUUUUAUAAUGAGUACGUGCGCGAGCUUCCUGCCUUCAAGGACGCGGUGCCCGAGUACUCCCUGUGGUUCGAGCCUUUCGUCAUGCAGUGGCUGGAUGAGAACGAGGACGUGUCCAUGGAGUUCCUGCACGGAGCGCUGGGAAGAGACAAAAAGGAUGGAUUCCAGCAGACAUCUGACCACGCACUCUUCUCCUGCUCUGUGGUUGACGUCUUUGCUCAGCUGAACCAGAGCUUUGAGAUUAUUAAGAAGCUGGAAUGCCCUAACCCUGAAGCACUGUCUCACCUGAUGCGAAGAUUCGCAAAGACCAUCAACAAGGUGCUGGUCCAGUACGCUGCGAUUGUGUCCAGCGACUUCAGCUCAUACUGCGGCAAGGAGAACGUGCCCUGCAUCUUGAUGAACAACAUCCAACAGUUGCGCGUCCAGCUGGAAAAGAUGUUCGAGUCCAUGGGAGGUAAAGAGCUGGACCCAGAAGCGAGCACUAUUCUGAAGGAGCUUCAAGUGAAACUCAGUGGGGUGCUGGAUGGGCUCAGCAUCACCUACGGAGAGAGUUUUCAGCUUGUAAUCGAAGAGUGUGUAAAGCAGAUGAGCGUUGAGCUCCAGCAAAUGAGAGCAAAUGGAAACACUGUGUCCAACAAGAACAGCGCUGCCCUGGAUGCGGCGAUCGUGCUGCGGCCUCUCAUGGACUUCUUAGACAAAACACUAAGUCUCUCGGCCAGAAUCUGUGAGAAGACAGUGCUGAAGCGAGUCCUGAAAGGGCUGUGGAAGCUGGUUCUCAACAAAAUGGAGAAACAGAUUGUCCUCCCUCCCUUGACAGACCAAACAGGUCCUCAGAUGAUUUUCAUCACAGCCAAAGACCUGGGACAGUUAUCCAAACUGAAGGAGCACAUGAUUCGCGAGGAUGCCAAGGGCCUGACACCCAGGCAGUGUGCCAUCGUGGAGGAGGUGCUGGCCACCAUCAAGCACUACUUCCACGCAGGCGGAAGUGGCCUGAAGAAGAGCUUCUUGGAGAAGAGCGCAGACCUCCAGUCUCUGAAGUAUGCCCUCAGUCUGUACACCCAGAGCACGGAUGCCUUGGUGAAGAAGUUCAUCGACACUCAGACGUCGCAGAGCUGCUCCCCCAAGGACGCCGUGGGCCAGAUCUCUGUCCACGUGGACAUCACAGCCACUCCAGGCACUGGCGAGCACAAGGUCACCGUGAAAGUGAUCGCCAUCAGUGACCUGCACUGGCAGACCACCGCGAUGUUCCGGCCCUUUGUGGAAGUCUGCAUGCUAGGCCCCAACCUUGGGGACAAGAAGAGAAAGCAAGGCACGAAGACCAAGAGCAACACAUGGUCUCCCAAGUACAACGAGACCUUCCAGUUCACGCUGGGCAAGGACAGCCGGCCAGCGGCCUGCGAGCUGCACCUGGCGGUGAGGGACUACUGCUUCGCCCGCGAGGACCGCGUGGUGGGCAUGACCGUGAUCCGGCUGCAGCCCAUCGCCGAGAAGGGCAGCCACGGGGCGUGGUACCCACUUCUGAGAAGCCUCUCGGUGGACGAGACAGGCCUGACCAUCCUUCGAAUACUUUCCCAGAGGACGGGCGAUGAGGUGGCGAAGGAAUUCGUAAGACUGAAGUCUGAAACAAGGGCCGCUGACGAGAGCGCUUGAGGCAAGGCAGCAGCCUCCCCUGGCGACUCGCGACUCACACAGCCGCUGCAUGCGUGUGCACGCCUGGAAUGUCACCUCGCUGUGCGUCGUGUCGCCGCCUACUCCAGUGCCAAGGGCGUGUGCUGCCGGCCCAACUGGUAUGCCAUCUCCGGUCCUUUGCAAAGUAAAUGCUCCACAAAGUGCCAAAAUUAUGCUGUGAAGUGAGCUGUCACGGUGUCUUAGACCUGUUUCUUCCACUCAUCACUUCCUCGCCCACAAAACAAACUGCAGCAAGACUUUGCGUUCAGCCUUCCCUUGUCCCUGCGAGGUUAGUUACGCCGCCUCCCCGGGAAGCAUUGUUACUCAAACUCUGUUUUCUUUAGCCGUAUGUUCACUGUAGACAUGUCACCCACACCCUUUUCUACCAUAAUAGAGAUGCGCUGACUUGUAGAGAGUGUUUGUAAUUUUAUAGACCCAGAUAUAUUGUGAUGAUUUUUGCAUAAAAUUGAAAUAGAAAAGGUGGGAAAUGUUCUGUGUUGCCCAAUUUCCAGCCUUUCUGAAAUAUCACUGUGAAGCAACACUAACAAAGCAAAUUUACACCAAGCAGUCACGAGUAGUUUGUUAGCAUUUGAUAUAUCAACAAAACUAUGUCCUUUAAAACUGCCAAGGUCACGUCACUUUCUCAGGCAGCUGAGCUGACGCGGCUGCGGUGCGGUGCGGCUCGGCUUCCCGGCCCACUCGCCUGCCUCCUUCAUGGGAAGGAGAAGACCAGGGUUUGCAAACAGAAGGAAGAUCCAGUUCUCUGGAUGCGCUACUACCUGGAUGCGUCACUCUAUCAUUAGCGCUCGCCUCCAGCGGUUGUGACUAUCUCCUUAUUUGCUUAACUCCAUAAUCAGUUGUGUUUCUUUUAAAAAAUAUUCAACAAUUUAUGCCGAAUGCAACCUUAGUCUACGCCACACUGAAGUCAAAAGUGAUACCUCCCUCUAUCUUGUGAAAACUAUAAACUCCAGAGAAACUGCUUACAAUUUUGUAAUUUAUGUUACUUAAGAGCCCCAAAUGCAUCAGAUAUGAUAGAAAACCACAGAGCUUAGUGCACAAAAUAUACCUGGGCUGGUGUUGGACCAUGAGACAGUUGAUGCUUCACAUUUUCUGGAUUUUCAUGGU